ACUUUUUCCGCGAGAAAAUAAUGGAAAAAAGGAAAACUUGUGAGAACCCCUUUUUAGCUGAGAGAAAAAGGAAGAACUUGCCUAUUUGAGAAAACAAGCGACGACUUUUCGGAUUAUUAUUAUUAUUAUUAUUAUUUUUCGAUUGUUCCCUUUGAUGAAUUUCGCUAGGGUUUCGUAAUCUUUCACUCUUCCGAACAAUCACCGAGAAAGUUCAGAGAGAGAGAGAGAGAGAGAGAAGGGGAAUAUAUCAUGGCUGCUUCUUCUUCUUCAGCUACUGUCGCAGUGGAGAAGGCGACCAGCGAUCUUCUUUUGGGUCCUGAUUGGACCAUGAACAUCGAAAUUUGUGAUUCCAUCAAUUCUAAUCAUUGGCAGCCAAAAGAUGUGGUGAAAGCUGUGAAGAAGAGAUUACAACAUAAAAGCUCUAAAGUUCAAUUACUAGCUCUCACGCUUCUAGAGACAAUGGUGAAGAACUGUGGUGAUUUUGUGCACUUUCAAAUUGCUGAGAGGAACAUAUUGGAGGAGAUGAUCAAAAUCGUAAGGAAGAAGGCAGACAUGCAAGUGAGGGAUAAAAUUUUAGUAUUGCUGGACUCGUGGCAAGAGGCAUUUGGGGGUCCAGGUGGAAAACAUCCUCAGUACUAUUGGGCAUAUGAGGAAUUAAGGCGAUCUGGAGUAGGUUUUCCGAAGCGGUCAUCAAAUGCAGUUCCAAUUUUUACUCCACCUCCUACCCAUCCAACUUUAAGAAACAUGCAAGCUGGAUACGGGAUGCCAAGCAAUUCGUCAAAAACACUUGACGAAACAAUGGCAACAGAGAUAGAAAGUUUAAGUUUGUCAAGCUUGGAUUCCAUGCGGCAUGUUUUGGACCUUUUGAGUGACAUGCUACUGGCUGUGAAUCCUAGUGACCGCGAGGCUGUAAAAGAUGAAGUAAUUGUUGAUCUUGUUGAUCGCUGUCGCACCAACCAGAAAAAAUUGAUGCAGAUGCUAACAACAACUGGGGAUGAGGAGCUUCUUGGGCAAGGCCUUGAAUUAAAUGAUAGUAUUCAAAGUUUGCUCGCAAGGCAUGAUGCAAUUGCUUCUGGUACUCCCCUUCCAAUUCAAGGUGCAAGUUCCAGCACUCUAACAACUGAAGUUAAGAGUUCCAGCCCAGGAGAUUCUGUUUCAACACCUAAAGCUAGCCCUUCAGCCCUAGUGUUUUCUGAAACAAGGGACCAGAGUGAUGAAGAGGAAGAAGAUGAAUUUGCACAGCUCGCUCGAAGGCAUUCUAAGACACAGUCAGUGACUUCAAAAGAUGCUACAACUGGAUCCAGUGAAAAUUCAGGGUCAAUGAACCCUAGCAGCCCAACUCCACAUGUGCCAGAGCCCUCAACCUCUGUCCCAUCCAAUGCAUUAGCUCUUCCUGACCCACCUACAACAGUUAGUCCUGCAAAAGAUCAGGACCUUAUUGACUUACUGAGUCUCACUUUGUCCCUGGCACCAUCUUCUCCACAGACAAAUUAUGCGCCAUCAGCUUCUAGCCAAGGCAUGCAUCAGAUACCUGUUCAAUCAGGAACAGAAGGGUAUUCUUAUGCUCCCCAAACGUAUCCUGGAAAUUUGUCAUUCAACAGUUAUGUUGUCCCUUGGGCUCAACCUCAAUCUCAGUCAGAAUUUCAAACCCAGUCUCAACAACAGAUGUAUCAAUCCCAACCUCAACCUCAACCUCAACCUCAAUCCCAAUCCCAACCUCCAACCCCACCCUCACCUCAGCAAUUACAUACACACUAUGAAUAUGAUCAAGCACAGCAUCAUCAACAAACCCAACAGUUACAGACUCAGCCUCAGCCUCAGCCUCAAUCAGAACCCUUACCACAAUCCCCACAUGCAUUGCAACGACAACCUCAGUCACAGUUGCAGAGUCAACAUCUUCAAUAUAGUCCUCCUCAACAACAAUUGCAACAACAUUAUGAACCCCGACCAUUACAGUAUCAGCCCCAGCCACAAGCUCAACCACAUUUGCAGUCUCAGCCACAACCCCAAUCACAUUUGCAACCUCAGCCCCAACCCCAACCGCAUUUACGGCCUCAGCCACAACCUCAACCUCAACCUCAGUUACUGUCUCAGCCCCAACACCAACACAUUCAGCAAUCUCAACCACAGCCUCAAUUUCAGAAUCAACAUCUCCAAUACCCAGCAAGAUAUCCUCCUCCGCCAUGGGCUGCUACACCCGGAUAUCCCAACUAUCAAAACCAAUUAUCUGCUACAAAUAUGAUUUCAACCCCUCAAGCCAGCACGACACUCGGGGUUCGGCCAUUGCAACAUAAUUAUUCAUUCCCUUCAUCUGGUAUUAGUGGAGGAGAUCCUAGGGGGAAUUCUGGACUGAGGACUCCACCUGCCAGUGGAACUGGACAAAAGCCCUUUGUUCCAUCUUACAGGUUAUUUGAAGAUUUGAAUGUUUUUGGAAGCACAGAUGGAAGGGUAAAGAUGACAAGCAGUGGCACAUCAUCCAGCUUGUCAGGAGGGACAAUGGGACCUGGUAUGGUAGGGGGGCAUAAGUGAGAUUUUAUUUAUGUUUUUAUGUAAAAAUUGUGAGGUUGAUAUCAAUGCUGUAUAUCACAUACUGUUGGCUUCUUCACAUUUGCAGCUUAUGUUAGUUCUUUAGAUUGAUAUCCUACAUAUGUGUAGAUCAUAAAGUCAUUUGUUUUGAGUCUUACCUCAGACGACAGACGUGGAACAUUCUUUGAUAUAAGAUUUUAGUUUCUG